AUGAAUAGUUUUGAUUUUCUCCAUAACCUUUUCAAUGACAUCCGUUCUGGUGAUAACAAUAGGAUUGGCCAGGCUACAGGAGAAAUAUUAGAGUUCUUAAAAACUAAAGAAGAAGCAAUUCAAAUUUUAUUUAUGCUCUUGCAAACAGAUAAGAACGAUAUUUACCUCAAAUAUGCUUCAAUUUUCCUUCAUUCAGAAAUUCGCAAAUACAAAUCUACAUUUGAUUCAACUUUUAUUUCAGAAUUACAAAAUCAAUUUUGCCAAACUAUAAUUUCAAUUCAAAACGACCAUGUCGUACGCAUGCUUUGCGAUGAUGCCGCCCUUAUGGCUAUUGAUGGCACAGAAUUUGGACCAAUUCCAAAUUUGAUUCAACAAUUGAUACAAAAUGCAAAUACAAUAUCGACAAGUUUAUACCUAAUAUCUCAAAUUGCGAUAAAUACCAGCUUUGAUGAAGAAUUACCAUUCAUUUCUGAAUUAUUAAGUCAAAUUUGCGAAUUUGCCGUACACUCUGAGAGAAAUAUCAGGAUUGAAGCAAUGAAAUUGUUAUCUGUACUGAUUUCCAGACCUUACAUGGACGAUAUCGAUGAAACAGGAAUAAUUGGAAAUAUAAUUCUAAAUUCAUUAAAUUUAUGCUUAACUUAUAUGAACACUGAUGAAAGCCUUGCUGUUAUGGAGCUAAUUAAAUCAGUUUCAAUGUUCUCUCUUACUUCUAUCGAUGAAUAUGAAAAUCAAUAUCUCGAAAUAUUGAUUAACAUCAUGAACAACAGCGAGAUCAUCAUGGAAAUCAGAAUAUAUGCCUGUCUAGCCUACAUCGAAGCAAUCAAAGCAAGCAUUGAUGAGAUACAAGAUGAAUUACCACUAUUAGUUGAUAAAAUCUUUGAUUUGGCCGUAGAAAUAUAUUUGUAUGACCCAUAUGGCGGUUUUUAUAGAAUCACUGACCAACUAAUUACGAUGCUUAGUGAAAGUGACGUAUUAAAUUCUCCGCAAGAGGAAGAAGAAGGUUCAAAUAGCUUGAGCGACUACAUAUUCAUGAAAAGUCAUGAAUUCAUCACCGAUGAACAAGAAAAUGACCUUAGAUUUGCAAGAAUUUUGGUUGGAUUGUCAGCAAUUAACUUUUUGAUAUCAGCAGAUACUGAAUUAAUAUACCAGCAUGAACAAGAGAUCAUUGAUUUUGUUGUUAGUGGCAUACAAACAGGCGAAGAAGAGAUAAUUGAAAAUUGUGCUGAAAUUGUCAUCACAAUUUGCAAUUGUAUACCUGAUAAUUGCGCAGAAUACAUCGGAGUCCUCACUCCUUUACUCCUUUCCAAUCUACAAGUGAACCAAGUAUUGAAUAGUUUGUCAUCCCUCUUUGACAGCUCUUCUAUCCCUCCUCCGAACAUCGAAGAGGUCUUAGAUAUGCUCAUACAGUCAUUAUCUGUACUCCCCAAGGAGCUACAAGGCGAUAUUUUGUUUGUUAUCGCAUCUGCCCUUUCAAAAUGCUCUUCUUCUGCAGGACAAUACUACGAGAGGAUCAAAUCAGUUCUCCACGAAGCAAUAAAUGAAGAUUCUUAUCUCAGAAGUGGCGCAAUUCGCUGUUUUUCAAUUUUUGCUUCACAAUCUCCGGCAUUUUUGCAGGGAGACCUCGAUUCUAUAAUAGAUCUCAUCAUACAGAUACUCCAGGAAGAUGAAAUAGAUAACAGAAUCACUUCAAAUAACUGCAUUUGCUCAAUUGCUUCAAAUUUCCCAUUAUCCAUAGCUCCAAAGAUCGAAGUAAUCGCAGAUUCGUUGAUAUCGCAACUCAGUUAUGAAUACAAACCAGAUGAAAAUGAAGAAACAAUAGCACAAAUGAUGGAUGAUAAUAAUUCAACGGAAGAGAUGUCAAAAGAAGACUUGCGUACAAUGGAAAUCAAAAAUAUGAAGAAUUCAGCGCUUAGUGCUCUAUCAAUUCUUUCUCUUUACCUUCCAGAACAAAUGAUAGAAAUUAUUGAUGGAGUAAGACAGAUGUUUUUCGAUCUUUUUGAUACCGCUAAUAAUGAAUUACUUGAUUUGGUCUGCUCUUGCCUUGUAAAUAUCGCUGAGGGCUUCAUGAAAGUUAAUUCUGAUGUUUUACCAAUUUGUCACUUUUUGAUCGAAAAUUUGAAUGGAAAUUCUUCAGCAGAUUGUGAGGGUUCAGCGACCAUUUUAGAGGCAAUCACGAAUAUAUUGACUAUUGGUGGCAGACAGCUAGUAGAAGUACUUUUAAACGAUAUUCAUGCGAUUUUAUUCCCGAUUUUAAAUUUGGAAAGAUCUAAAUGGACAAAGAAAGGAGAAGUCGCACCAUUAUUAUACCAAUCAUGCCUGGCAUGCUAUGAAACAAUUAUUGAGUCAUUAGGAAGCGAUUGCGUUGAAUUUGCUUCUCAAUACUCAGAAUUAAUACUUCAAACAGCCAUAUCUAACAAGAACUCGAAUGUUUAUGCUGCACACGCUAUUAUAAGACUUGCAGAACAGAUAAAUAAUAGCGAUUUGGCACAAAAAGUUCUUGAUACACCAUUGAAAGUACUAAAGAAGCCAAAUAUAGAGAAGAAAGUCAUUUCUCUGCAAUGCCUGUCAAUUUCCUUCCGUUGUUUCCCAAGUUUGUUUGGAAUUUCGGAAAAUUUCAUUUCUCAACUAGUCCAAAUGAUCAUGGAAACGCUACAGUCAUUACAGGAAAACGGUGAAUCAAACAAAUUGGUUGAACAGAUGAUAGAAACAGCGUUUGUUCUGUCAAUUUAUGUUAAUUCUCAACUUUUUAGCCAUCAAACGCUUUCUGAAAUGGUUUCAAAGCUGGUGUCAAUGCAUGAAAUCAAUUGCAUACAAACAUUGUCUAGUUUUGCUCUGUUUUGCAUGCAGAAUGGUUUUAAUGAAGUAAUUGAGAAUAAUUUAAUUAAUAUUUCGUUGUUGACAUUCUCUUCUGAGGAUUAUGACUUCAGAAAGGUCCAAAAUGAUGCAAAAGUAGCUCUAAAACCAAUUGCAGAAGCAGCAAUUUCAAAUGGAAACAUCGAAGUCCUGAAAGGAAACGAAUAUAAGUAUCAGAAAUUAGAGGCAAAUAUCUUAUCAUGUUAA